CAAAAAGAAAAAGAAAAAGACAUCCUCUUGUGGCGGUGGAUCCGGAUCCACCUGACCCGGCCCCCUCUUCCCUCCUCCAAUUUCUCUCUCUUUCCCUUGUUUGCUGUGAGCAGCGCUCCUCCUCUGUCGCUCUCUCUAUAUUUUCGUCGUCUGUCUGUCUGUCUGUCUGUCUGCCCACUGUGCGAGAUCGCAUCAUCGGGGCAAUGGAUGCUGCCGACGCCGAUGAUGCCAGAACUACCAAUCAGCCCGAGGACGCAGACAGGGUCUACUUGGUACCGUACGGAUGGUGGAGAGAGGCGCAAGAACCGCUGCCUUCGCAGCAGCAAGAAGAGGGCACCGCUCCCGUUGGCGAUGUUGCCAGAGGCAUCCCAUACAGCGCGUCCCCAGCUCCAUCUCCCUACGGUGGUCCAAUGAAGCUGAUCAACAACAUUUUCAACUCCGAUCUCAUUUUCAACCUCUGUAGGAAUGAUGAUUUGGCUCAGGAUGCCGGGGAGGGAGUUUCUGGACGGACCUAUGCUCUCAUUCCCCCAGAUAUGUGGGCCCAAACCAUCGGAUGGCACAAUAAUUCUUGUUUGACACUGAAAAGCUCUGGCAAUCUGUCUUACAUGGAAGAGCCCACAGUCAAGGUUUUUCCUCUGAUGCUACGAAUUUCUGUUAUUCGAGAUUCAAACACAAUGACCGUAAAGAUUAGCAAAAAGGACAAUGCGAUUGAAAAUUAUAAAAAGGCAUGCAAGAUUUUCAAUGUUGAUUUUGAACCGGUCCAUGUAUGGGACUUUUCUGGGCAGACAAAUCUUAUUUUUAUGAACGAAUGGAAUAGAAUACCUCAAGAUUGUCAACGGCAGCCAGAUCAAGAGAUCCUUCUGGAGUUACAAGUUAGUCUACUAUUGGACUCUGUAAAUUGUAGAGGUGACAGCAAAAAAGAUGACUUGUCACUGCAGCAGUCACACAUUACAAAUCCUUCUUAUUGUGGUUCACUUGUGGGAAACGGCAUUCUUGGAAACAUGAGCUCUGAUUCUUAUACUAAUGGAGGCUCGAAAGGUGUUGGUAACCUCGGGUUGACUGGUCUAGAGAAUCUUGGAAAUACAUGUUUCAUGAACAGUGCCAUCCAAUGCUUGGCACAUAUGCCAAAGCUUGUGGACUAUUUUCUUGGGGACUACAUGAGGGAAAUAAAUCAUCACAACCCACUGGGCAUGGAUGGUGAAAUUGCUCUAGCAUUUGGAGAUCUGUUGAGGAAGCUAUGGUCUCCUGAUAGAACACCUGUUUCUCCACGCUUUUUCAAGGCAAAACUUGCUCGUUUUGCUCCUCAGUUUAGUGGGUUUAACCAACAUGACUCUCAAGAAUUUCUUGCUUUUCUUUUAGAUGGGCUUCACGAAGAUCUUAAUCGUGUCAAAUGUAAGCCAUACUUUGAAGCUAAGGACGCAUGUGGUCGUCCAGAUGAAGAAGUAGCUGACGAGUAUUGGAAGAAUCAUUUGGCUCGUAAUGACUCUAUUAUAGUUGAUAUUUGCCAGGGUCAGUACAGGUCCACAUUAGUUUGUCCUGUUUGUAAUAAGGUGUCGGUUACAUUUGAUCCAUUUAUGUACUUAUCCCUUCCCCUGCCAUCAACUACAAUGCGGUCAAUGACUGUAACAGUCUUUAGUACUGAUGGAAGUCUCAGGCCAACUUCUUAUACUGUAAAUGUACCUAAGCACGGAAAAAGCAAGGAUCUUAUUCAGGCUUUAAGCAAUGUGUGUUCAUUGAAGGAUGAUGAAAGCCUAUUGGUUGCUGAGGUAUACAGUAAUUGCAUCCUUCGCUACCUGGAGGAUCCUUCAGAUUCACUCUCCCUUAUCAGAGAUGGAGAUCGACUUGUUGCUUACCGGCUAUCAAAAGAUCUUGAGAAACUCCCCCUCGUAGUGUUUAUGCACCAGCGCAUGGAAGAGCAGGGCAUUCAUAAUAAAAUGCUUGGACAAUGGAAAGCAUUUGGUGUCCCACUGAUUGCACGGAUACCAACCACUGGCAGCGGAACCACAAUUCGCAGUCUCUUUUUCAAGUUGUUAAAUCCAUUUGUUCUGCCAAAGGAUAAAGAGGAUGGCAAUCUUUGUGAUGGAGCUAGUGAAACGGACUUAAGUUCCAAUAUUCCAGAUUGUGAAGCUACAAUUAAUGAUUCAUUAACUGGAAAACUUGUUGAAGAUGCACUACAGUUUCAUGUUACAGAUGUGAAGGGCCAAACAACCCAUGCUAAAAUAGAGUUGAAUGAACCAGUUUCUUUAACAGGGUAUCAGAAACAGUUACAUGUGCUUGUAUCUUGGCAAGAUACAGCACUAUCAAAUUAUGAUGUAUGCCUUCUUAGUUCCUUACCAGAAAUCUAUAAGUGUUCUUUAUUUUCAAAAAGGCCUCAAGAUUCCGCUUCUCUCUAUGCAUGCCUAGAAGCAUUUCUAAGAGAAGAACCACUAGGACCAGAAGACAUGUGGUAUUGCCCAAGCUGCAAAAAGCAUCAGCAAGCAAGCAAGAAAUUAGACCUGUGGAGGCUGCCAGAAGUUCUUGUGAUUCAUCUGAAAAGAUUUUCAUACAGCCGUUUCAUGAAAAACAAGCUGGAGACUUUUGUUGAUUUCCCUAUUCAUAACCUGGACUUGUCAAACUAUAUAGCUCACAAGUCUGAUCAAGCCUAUCCUUAUUCGCUUUAUGCUGUUAGCAACCAUUACGGGAAUAUGGGAGGUGGGCACUAUACAGCAUACGUUUAUCAUGAGGGGCAGGAUUGUUGGUAUGACUUUGAUGACCGCCAUGUUGCUUCAAUGACCGAGGACAGCAUUCAGACAUCAGCUGCGUAUGUUCUUUUCUAUCGGAGAGUUCAAACUAAAAAUCUGGACAAGCAAGUCAUUUCAUGACUAACAGUUUCUAACUAAAGCCAAAUCCGCUGGAGAAUUUUGGACGAGAACUUUCUUAUAGCCUUAACCCACUCACUUGAAAUGACCAACCAUAUUUGAUAAGAACGUACUGACUUGGAAAGUGUGUUUGCUCACCAAGGAUUUUGGAAUUUGAGUUGACAGCAGCGCGGGAGGACUUUACUGUAACAUAGCAUGUUUGCGCUUGGGAAACUAUUCUUUUAAACAUAUUUCCCAGCAUGUGGCACUUUUUUCCCCCUUGGCCUUUGUGUACUUUGAAGGAAAAAAGAAAUACCAUUCAGACACAAGGCCUGCUGCAGGGGAUGGGGUGUGGUGGGCGAGGCAGUGUUUGUUGUUUAGAUUGCUAUAGGUUAUUUUCAUUUUCCCCUACUAUUGAUGGUGGUCGAGGGAGUUGUGACUCUCUCAUUAUAUUUUUGGUGGUUGUAUUGGAUAUGUGUUCCUUUGAUUAGUUUGUAGCCAUUGUAUUGUUGCCGCCAUUGGGUAUCAUUUCUUUGAUUAAUUUCACAAUCAAUCGGUUGUUUGAGUUAAAGAAAUUUUGGCAAUGUGGUUUUAUCCAUUUUUUAUUAAUUCACAA